CAUGCUUGUUGCUGUUGGAAAGACCAUGCCGGACACGGACGCACCGGCUUGUGAUUUUUGUAAAAUUCGCUGUUUAUCUCCGUCAUCAUCGUGUGCUUGACCAAGUGGAACACAAUGAAUUGUGAAAUUUCGCUGCAGGAAAACUCCUGCGAGGUGAAAAAUCUGACCUCGGAGGAAGCGGCGGCGCUCGAGAAGCAAGAUUCGCGGCUCGUGUCCGAAUUCCAGGCCAUGAAACUUGAAAAGGAAGCCAGGAAGAACUGGGAUUUAUUUUACAAGCGGAACGAGACGCGAUUUUUCAAAGACCGCCACUGGACGACGCGGGAAUUCGAAAUUCUCGCCGACGGCCUGGAGGAAAAGGUGCUUUUCGAAGUCGGCUGCGGCGUUGGAAAUUUUUUCUACCCUCUGCUCAAGGAGGGGAAACCCCUGAGAGUGUACGCCUGCGAUUUUUCCUCACGGGCUGUGGAAUUUGUCAAGAAGGACGCCAGAUUCGAUCCGGAAAAAAUCACUGCCUUUCAGGCGGAUAUUACAGCGGAUGAUUUGUCUGCGAACGUUCCGGAAGGCUCGGUGGACGUCGCUACCUUGAUUUUCGUCCUCUCGGCUGUGCAUCCGGAGAAAUUUAAGCAAGCCCUGGGGAAUAUUUUGAAAGUUAUGAAGCCGGGUGGGCUGCUUCUCUUCCGAGAUUACGGCCUCUACGACAUGGCCCAGCUCAGGUUCAAACCAGGACACAAAAUUGCCGAGAACCUCUACAUGCGACAGGAUGGUACUAGGAGUUAUUAUUUUUCGAUUGAGGAAGUCAAGAUGAUCUUCGAAGAGGCAGGAUUUUCCUCCAAAACAGUGAAUUAUGUCCAUCGAAGAACCAUUAAUAAAAAGGAUGAUGUUGAUGUGCCGAGAAUAUUUGUCCAGGCUGAAUUCAUAGCCGGAACAAAUAGAUGUCCUUGAAGUCGGACGUGGAAUUAAAAAAUCAGAAUAAUUGGUAAUUGAAAUUUUUAAUUUUAGCGUCGUAAAUUCCUAUUUUAAUGAUGAUUUCAUAGUUCAUCUGAAUAACCUUGAUGAAUAUGCAGAAAUUAGUCUUUCGCUCCUAUCUGAUGAAUUAUUUAAUGUUUGAAACUCGAUUUCUGAUUUUACUCUCUCUAAAAUGAGCCAUAUUUAAUUGCAGAUUCUCAUUGAAACCGAUUGAAGGCCAGAAAGUCUGGUUUCCGGGUUUAUCGCAAGCCUGCAGGUAUGUUUAUUAAUUUUAAUUCUCCUAAUCCUCAAAUUAAAUGAUGAUUUCAUAGUUCAUCUGAUGAACUUUGAUGAAUAUGCAGAAAUUAGUCUUUCGCUCCUAUCUGACAUUAUUUGCUAAUAAUAAAUCUAUUGUAAAAUAUUUAAAAAACCAAUCUACAACCAAAUUUUCCUUUUCAGAUGGAGAUUAAUUGUUCUGCGGGCACUGAAACAGUGGAAUCUCCAACAGGUUAACCCCUGUCACAGGACUUUUACGAAACAGAUCUCUAGUCGGGAGACAGGAAAAGAAGACUAGUUGAAAGAGAUCUGAUGGCUCCUUGAAGAGAUCUGGAAAUAAGACGCUGAUGGCGAGAUCUGCAACGUGAGAUGCUGACAGUUAUUGACCAACAAAAACACUUUGUUACGUGAAAUAAAAUUACUAAAAA